UGGGGGAUUCAGGCGACGCGCAGCCCCGCCCCCGCCCCCUCCUCUCCUCCCUUCAGAACCCGCCGAGCUGGGGGAGCAUGGACCAAACCCCGCUGCUCUGGCACCAUGACGCUCGCCCGCUUCGCGGUGGCUCUGAUUUUCGGGGCGCUCCCCGGAGUGGUCAGCUUUAAUCCAGUCCUCAAUUUUCCCCUUCACCAUCGCCAUCGCCAUUCGCCCCCUCCAAGUCCCCGGUUUCCUUAUCACUUUCCUACCCAGCAGCGGCCACAGAGGACGCCUCCGCCGCCCCUUCUCCCGCGCGUCCUGCGCCCCCCGCCUGCGCUCCAUGACCCGCGCCUGCACGCUGUCCACGCCGGACACACGCCCCGGCCGCACUCCGGGGACUGCCCUGCCGGCGAGCCCUGGGUCAACAUGACGGACUUCGGCGCCCCUUGUCUGCGUUGGGCAGAGGUGCCACCGUUCCUCGAGCGGUCGCCCCCGGCGGGCUGGGCUCAACUACGAGGGCAGCGCCACAACUUUUGCCGGAGCCCCGACGGCGUGGGCAGACCCUGGUGCUUCUAUGGGAACGUCCACGACAAGGUGGACUGGGGCUACUGCGACUGCAGAUACGGGUCAGUACGACUUCGUGGUGGCAAAAACGAGUUCGAAGGCACAGUGGAAGUAUAUGCAAAUGGAAUUUGGGGCACAGUGUGUAGCAGCCACUGGGAUGAUUCUGAUGCAUCGGUUAUUUGUCACCAGCUGCAGCUGGGAGGAAAAGGAGUAGCAAAACAAACUCCGUUUUCUGGACUGGGCCUUAUUCCCAUUUAUUGGAGCAAUGUCCGUUGCCGAGGAGAUGAGGAAAAUAUACUGCUAUGUGAAAAAGACAUCUGGCCGGGUGGUGCGUGUCCUCAGAAGAUGGCAGCUGCUGUCACGUGUAGCUUUUCCCAUGGCCCCGGGUUCCCGGUCCUACGCCUUGCUGGGGGGAGCAGUGCACAUGAGGGCCGAGUGGAGCUCUACCAUGCCGGUCAGUGGGGGACUGUCUGUGACGACCAGUGGGAUGAUGCAGAUGCAGAAGUGGUCUGCAGGCAGCUGGGCCUGAGUGGCAUUGCCAAAGCAUGGAGUCAGGCAUAUUUUGGGGAAGGAUCUGGCCCAGUAAUGUUGGAUGAAGUACGCUGCACCGGGAAUGAGCUUUCUAUUGAGCAAUGUCCAAAGAGUUCCUGGGGAGAGCACAACUGUGACCAUAAAGAAGAUGCUGGAGUGUCCUGUACCCCUCUGACAGACGGGGUCAUCAGACUUGCAGGCAGUAAAAACAACCAUGAAGGUCGCCUGGAGGUAUAUCACAAGGGACAGUGGGGGACUGUCUGUGACGAUGGCUGGACUGAGCUAAAUACAUAUGUGGUUUGCCGACAGCUGGGAUUUAAAUAUGGCAAACAAGCCUCAGCAAACCACUUAGAAGAGAGCACAGGGCCCAUAUGGUUGGAUGACGUCAGCUGCUUGGGAAAGGAAACCAGUCUCCUUCAGUGUUCCCGCAGACCGUGGGGAAGGCAUGAUUGCAGCCAUUGGGAGGAUGUUAGUAUCUCCUGCCACCCAGGCGGGGAUGGACACAGACUCUCUCUGGGUUUUCCAAUCAGACUGAUGGAUGGAGAAAAUAAGAAAGAAGGACGAGUGGAGGUUUUUAUCAAUGGCCAGUGGGGAACAAUUUGUGAUGAUGGGUGGACUGAUAAAGAUGCAACUGUGAUCUGUCGACAGCUUGGCUACAAGGGUCCUGCCAGAGCAAGAACCAUGGCUUAUUUUGGGGAAGGAAAGGGACCUAUCCACGUGGAUAAUGUGAAGUGCACAGGCAAUGAGAGGUCCCUGGCUGACUGUAUCAAACAAGAUAUUGGAAAACACAAUUGCCGCCACAGUGAAGAUGCAGGAGUUAUUUGUGAUUAUUUUGGCAAGAAAGCAUCAGGUAACAGUAAUAAAGAGUCCCUCUCAUCUGUUUGUGGUUUGAGAUUACUGCAUCGUCGGCAAAAGAGAAUCAUUGGUGGGAAAAAUUCUUUAAGGGGUGGUUGGCCUUGGCAAGUGUCCCUCCGACUGAAGUCAUCUCAUGGAGGUGGCAGCCUGCUCUGCGGGGCCACACUCCUGAGCAGCUGCUGGGUCCUUACAGCAGCACACUGCUUCAAGAGGUAUGGCAACAGCACGAGGAACUACGCUGUUCGAGUUGGGGAUUAUCAUACUCUGGUGCCAGAAGAGUUUGAAGAAGAAAUCGGAGUUCAGCAGAUUGUGAUUCACAGGCAGUAUCGACCGGACAGCAGUGACUACGACAUUGCCCUAGUUAGGUUACAAGGUCCAGAAGAGCAAUGUGCCAGAUUCAGCAGCCACAUUUUGCCAGCCUGCUUGCCACUCUGGAGAGAGAGGCCACAGAAAACAGCCUCCAAUUGUUACAUAACCGGAUGGGGCGACACAGGACGAGCCUAUUCCAGAACUCUGCAACAAGCAGCCAUCCCCUUACUUCCCAAGAGAUUUUGUGAAGAGCGUUAUAAGGGUCGGUUUACAGGAAGGAUGCUCUGUGCUGGAAACCUCCAUGGACACAAACGUGUGGACAGCUGCCAGGGAGACAGCGGAGGACCCCUCAUGUGUGAACGGCCAGGAGAGAACUGGGUUGUGUAUGGGGUGACCUCCUGGGGAUAUGGCUGUGGGGUCAAGGAUUCCCCUGGUGUUUAUACCAAAGUCUCAGCCUUUGUACCUUGGAUAAAAAGUGUCACCAAACUCUAAUCCUUCAUGGAAACAAGAAAACAGUAUUUAAAGGAACUGUUGGGAAAUUUUCAGCAGUGGCAUUUAGCCAGACAUGCCAACUAAUGGGAAUGGAGAGAGACCCAUAAUUCUCUGUAUUUUUUUGUGAUAAAAAUUGGGUACCCUUUGCUGCUUGAGAAUUUUUGAUGAACAUUUUGGUUACAGAUACCUCAGUGUAGUACUGAUGGUCCUUAAUUAGCAUUGUUGUCUAUGGAAAUUAAUUUCACCAGAGACUAAAUUGUCAGUUGAGACUUGUCUCUGCCCAUUUUUCAGCAUUCUCCAGAUUAUGUUGAUUGUGCAAUAAGGCUUUUUCCACUUUGGACUGAGAACUCCCUUAUAAUUGAAUAAUAUGGUAUAUGCCCAUCCCUUUAGGAGUGGCAUUGUUUUCUGUUUGUACAAUUUUUAAGCUCAGAUUUUUUCCAAAGGCUGUUAAGAAAGGCAAUAUGAUCUUUGACAAACUGAGGAAAUUAAAGGUAGGAAAAUUAGUAUCAUUCUCACAAUACAUUCCUGAAUGAAGCCUUUGUACCAAGCACCAUUGCAACUAAAGAGAAAAAUAUUCCAGCUACUUUGUAUGUUGCUACAAUUGUCAUAAUAAAGAAUGCUUUCCAGUUGUUUAUAAUUUAUCCAUCAUAUUUGCUAAUGUGACCUGCUUGGUUGCUUUUUAUCACUUCAGAUUUACAGCUUGAUAAAGUGUUUUUUCCUUAGCAUCAUGCUGUUAUACAGACUAUGAUCCAAGAGUGACAUCUACCGCAACUUUCUGGUAACUGACUUGAAAUCUGCAGAUUUCCUAAGACUAUCCUGUCAUAGUCCUAAUAACACUAUUAAAAAAUGCUUUCCCUGCUACAGUGUGGGUAAGCUUUAAAAUAACUGCUAUACCACAUACCAGUAACAAUGUACUAGCUAGCUACACAUCUGGCUGACAAUUUACAAAGGCUGGUAAGAUUUCAUAGUAUCUCUAGUUUUCAAAUGGGUUAAAAAGCAGAGACCAGCUGAUGCAAAUGCUCACAAUGGUACCCUCCUCCCCAUGGUUUCUAAAGGGAUAGCUGCUUACUAUGCACUUACAGGGCUUUCUUGGUAGCAGUGCAAAAAUCUUUGCCCAUAUAUGAAAGGUCAGCUCCCCAAGAUACUUGAGUAAACCUCAUGAGAUGAGGUGAUUUGAUGAUAAUCAGGAGUUCUUCAAAAAACAAUUCUUUUAUCUCCAAUAGAUGCAUUAAAACAAAAACAAAACAGGCUUAGAUGUGGGUGCAAACUGUAGGGUUAUGGGUAAGUAAUCCUCUUGCAGUGGCUAAGACCAUGGAGAGACUUCACCGUUUUGCUUCUGCAUCACAUUGUGUCCUUUUCAUAAAUUCUGAGCUUUGUACAAAACUGGUGCUAAUUUGAAAGUGCUUUAUAGUUUAGUAUUUAGAACAACUGCAAUGCAAUGUCAAAUAGAAUAGCAUUAGAACAUUUUCUAAACAGGCAUUUACAUCUAAAGACAGUUAUAGAUAGUGCACACUUGCACAAGGGCUUGGGAAAAAUGACCAACACCGGUGAAAAAAUCUUAGUGUAACUUUCUCACUCUUGUAAUUAAACUGCAUUGCUGCUGCAAGCAAUAUUUAUAUUGAAAUUUUAGCUAGACCAGAUAUUGGCCAACUUAAACGGACUGUUAACGGGUGGUCUGCAGUUCAGUCUUGAGGUAGAAGACUUGGUUUGUAAAAUACCUUUAUUAUAGCUUAAUUUUCUCUUGUUACAUGUGACUUGUUAAAUGUAAAGAUACAAAUGUUUAGUGCACAUCGAUGUAAAUAAAGUGCACAGCUUCCCA